CACAGGAACUUGGAAUGCGCGAAGAUGGUGACCUAUAUUUUGCGACUAUCAGCCUGCUCAAAGCACCACCGGAAUACAUCCCAUCCCGCUGGGAUUUAUUAACUUGGCUCCAAAUACCACCUUCCAAGCCGAUCAAUGUUUCGCCGACUAUGUACGACUUCUACUUUCAGUCGAAGCUCCCUUCAGAGGUCUUAGACCAAUUUUUUGUAAGAUCAUCUAAGGCGUCUACCCGUGUGUGGGGUGACUUGAUACAACCUAUUGCCAACCCACCCGUUACAGGCACAACGGAGGAUUCAUUUCACGCAUUUUGGGACGCACUCAUUGUCAACCCUUUUAGG